GCCAGGACAACACGAAAGGGAAUUAAAUCCAUAUUGGAAAGAUGGAGGAAUUGGGCUUCCUUCUGAAUCUUCUUACGAAAGUACAAAUGAAAGAGUCUUGCCUGAAAAAACUGUUGGAGAUGCAGGAUUAAAUUGGUUUAGAAGAGCUUAUAAAAGGAUCAAAGAACAGGCUGAAGAAGAAAAUAGAAGUAUGGAAGAAGUUGCUGCUGAAAGAUGGGGGUCAUUAGAUAAGCUAGAAAAAUUACUUGCUGAUGCUGAAAACAAAGCAAGAGAAAACAGAUUUGAUACGAGGCAACCUAAGUGGAAAAAAGAAUAUAGAAGAGAAUCAUUCAGAGAUGGAAAUCGGAACACGAAAUUUGAUCAGUUUAAAAAAGAUAAAAGUGAUGCGUACGAAAGUUAUAAAAAGCAAUUUAAGAAAACUGAUGAAAGUGUAGAAAGUUAUAAUCGUAAUUUUACGUCAACUAGUGAACCAAAAUUCACUAAAUCUGCACCAAAAUGGAUGAAGAAAGAAUUUCACAAUAAAUAUCAAGUUGAUAGUAAAGAAACUGAUAAGAAUAAUGAUAACUCCAUGAAAAAGGAGUGCUCACCUGAAGAAACAAGAAAAGAAUCAUCACUGUUAACUGAUAAAGAAAUGAAUGAAUUAGGUGCAAAAUUGCUGAAGGCAGAAAUGUUAGGAAAUUUAGAAGAGGUUGAAAAGUUGGAAUCAAAAUUGGAAGGGGCUAGGAAAGCUAAAGAAGAAGCAUCUUCUCCGAAAGAAGUUCCAUUGUUAACUGAUAGAGAAAUGAAUGAAUUAGGUGCAAAAUUAAUAAAGGCCGAACUGCUAGGAAAUAUGGAAGAAGUCAAAAAAUUGAAAUUGAAAUUAGCGGAAGCUAGAAAAGUUAAAGAAAACGCCAGCAACCAGGUAGAAGGAAAAUCGGAUGAAACUGUUCUUCUCGUUAAAACUGAUAACAGAGGCUUUACGCAACCGAUAUCAACUUCACAAUCCACUUACACUGGUAAAAAGAAAAAACAGGUAGAUACUUAUGAUGCUGGUGGAAAAAGAACAUGUUAUUUUCCUGAUGAUGAUAAAUAUUCCUUAAAACAAAUGUUUGAAAAAGAAAGGAAGACAACUAUUGAUGAUCAAAAUGCUGAAUUUGCAAGAUUGUUUGCUAAGCAGUCUAAGAACGAUGACGACGAAUCUUUCUUGGUCGAAGCAGCCAAAAUAAAGCCACAGAUAAAACAAGAAUAUCGCGACAGAAGCCAAGCGAUACAUGAACACAUGAGAAGAUCUUCGGCUCUGGGGAAGUGUCAGUUCUGUUUAGACAGUUCCCAUAUGAAGAAACAUUUAAUUGUUUCUCUUGGAAAAACUGUGUACUUAUCAUUGCCUGGUUGCCAAUCUUUAGUUGAUUAUCAUUGCUACAUUGUUCCAAUGGCUCACGUUACUUCUGGUACAUUAUUAGACGAAGACGUUUGGUCUGAAAUUCAGACCUUGAAAAAAUGCCUGAUUAAAAUGUUUGACGAAAUGGAUAAAACUGUUAUAUUUAUGGAGACAAGUGUUCAUCAUAGAUGGCAUCCUCAUUGUUUUAUUGAAUGCAUUCCUGUACCAAAAGAAGAUGGUGAUAUGGCUCCUAUGUACUUCAAGAAAGCCAUUAUGGAAUCUGAAACAGAAUGGUCACUUAACAAGAAAUUAAUUGAUCUUUACAAGAAAGAUCUUCUUCAUUCGGUCCCAAAAGGUUUGCCAUACUUUAGUGUGGAAUUUGGUACGAGCGGUGGAUUUGCCCACGUUGUAGAAGACGAAAAGCUAUUUCCAUCGUAUUUCGGAAAAGAAGUCAUCGGUGGAAUAUUGGACGUGGAACCGGUCAGGUGGAGGAAGCCACCGAGAGAACCUUUUGAAAAUCAGUCAAAGAAAGUUUUAGAAUUCACACAAUUAUGGAAAAAGUAUGAUUUGUUGCAGAAACAAUGACUCAUUCGCUGCUUUAAUGAGCACAGAAUGAGUCAUUGUUUCUGCAUUGAAAAAGAAUCAUCUGUAAAUAUUCUUUGUAUUGUUUCAUAAAUAAAAUCAUCCACAGACAACAUAAA